AUGCAGAAAAACAAUUUUAAUCCCAGUGAUCCACUAUAUGAUGCUGAUAUCAAGACUAUUCUGGGUUACCAGAGUUCCGGGUUCCUGCUCCGUGCCAUGCUCGCAGUUGGCGCACUCGAAGCCUCAAAAUGGGACAACAGAAGCUCAGCUUUAGAGAAGCACUAUCUCCAGGACAGUCAGUCUGGCAUUCAAUCUUACUCUGCUGCCAUUGUUGAACUUCGUAAUCAUAUGGAGUUUCACGAAUCUCCAUCACAGAUUCAAGUCUUGUGGACGACUUUAUUCGUGGGGCUGUUUGAGUUGAUGCACGAUUCAACAGGUGCAGGAUGGAUCAAACAUAUGGUUCACGGCACAUCAAAAGCAGUAGCAGCAACUGGGCCCGAAUUCUUCCAGUCCAAGCCCGGACGCAGUUUCUUUGCACAGGCUCGUGUGUUCGAAGCAUGUAGGGCCAUCAUCUUCAAUGACGCUACUUUUCUUACAGGGCCUCAGUGGCUCGACUUCUCAACUCAAACAAGGGACGAAUCGGUGCCCGCAUCAGUCUCACCACCAGACUCGUUGAAUGAUCUUCUUAUCAUUGUUGUAUUGUGUUCCAAGUUGAGCGUUCGUGUUGGUCAUUUCGUGAGGGAAUAUAACCAAUUAAACCCCGUUGAUGCCACCAGUAUCGCCGCCGAUUUUGCUAUAGAAGGUGGUCGUCUAAGGGAAAGGCUUCGUUCUUGGCGCGAGGCAAACUCAAUCGUCUCCAGUAUCAGCCUUCCCUUGGACACACACGGUUUUCACAAUGAGCAAAUUUCCGUGCCCAGCGGAGAAGCACUCUUGGCCAAUGCCUUCUUUUCAGCGACAGCCAUAUAUCUUUCCGGGAUUUUCGAUUACAAUGUUACCUUGUGGAAAGGUUCAAUGGUUUCACCACCAACACUCAAUGAACAGGAUAUUCAAGCGCAUAGUUGCAGGGGCAAGAUCUAUUGA